AUGUCAGAAGCAACAGAAAAGGAAGAAGACCAGCCUCCUGGGCCGACACGUCCCCAUGUCCUCUACAUUGGGAACUUGAAUCCCAAAUACUCACGGGAAGUUAUCUGCAGCAUGCUGAAGGACAUUUUAGGCAUGGCCAGUGUCACCCUCCAGCGGCACAACAUCGAAGUGAUCCGGAAGCGGAGGCAGGCCUAUGCCUUUGUGCAGGUGGCAACUGAAGUGAGCUUGGAACUCGUCCUAAAACAGUUGCUAGUUGCGGCCGAAUUGGAGCAAGACCUAGUCAAGGAGCUUGUGAAGAAAGGCAAGAAUCUGGUUGUGGGACCCGGCAAUACAUUUGCAUUUGGGAGCAACGAUAGCAGAGAGACCAACUCCAUAGGAAGCAGCUCAGAAUCUCAUCUAAGAGGGUUGCAGGUGCCCAAGAGGAGGAAGAAACCACCAUUCACCGAAACCCAGACUAACUCUGGCACAAAGUCUGCUCAGCAUGCUUGGAGACUGACGGAGCGGCCGGCAGCCUUUCUAAGCGGCACUCGUUCAGACAGUGCCAUUGUCCAGAGAGAGAUUGUAGGCAAGGAGCGCCUGUUCUACGGUGCUUUCAUGGGUAAUGAGACGCGAAGCGUGGAAUUUAAACGUGGUGGCGGGGAAUAUUUGACAGGCACUCUGAAACAUCAUGUGCGGAAGUACGUGUGCGCAUUUCUCAACAGUGAAGGGGGAAGCCUUCUCGUGGGGGUAGAAGACAAUGGCUUGGUGCUGGGAGUUCGCUGUGACCACAGAGAUGAAGACAGGGUCCGCCUCCUCAUCGACUCCGUUCUGAAGGGUUUCAAGCCCCAAGUUUUCCCAGCAGCGUACACACUGAGUUUCGUCCCUGUCAUUAAAGAUGAAGACACCGGCAUCUUCCUGAAAGUUAUCCGGUUAACGGUUCAUCCUCCCAAACAGCACGGGGAACCUCUUCUUUACGAAACAGACCAAGGGGAAGUGUACAUACGGCGAGAUGGCAGCAUUCAAGGCCCUCUCUCUGGGAGCGCCAUUCAAGAGUGGUGUCGGCAGAAAUGGACAGAGGAGAACAAGAAGCUGGAGAAGAAAAUAGAGACUUUGUUGAAAGAGAAGGAGGAGCUGCAGCAGCAUCAUGUGCAACAGAAUACCAGCCCACGGUGCUGUGCCCUCAUGUAACCGCCAGAGCACAACGACAAAA